AUGUCGGCGACGGACUGGCAAAAAGACUUCGAAACCAACGGCUUUGUUGUCAUCCCUUCUGUGAUACCUCCAGACAAAGCGGCUGAAUACCAGACUCGUGCCUUUGACUGGCUCCAAUCAUUUGGCAAUCACACUUUGGACUUGGAUGAUUCUUCAACAUGGACACAAGAAAAUUUGCCCUUCAUAUCCGAAAUCAAUACUUUUAAUUACUACGGCGUCGUCCAUGAGCAGUUUAUGUGGGAUAUUCGUCUAGAGCCGGGGGUUGUCGACGUUUUCUCCAAAGUUUGGGGCACCGACAAACUAAUUGUCUCGUUUGAUGCCCUCAACAUCACCCUUCCUCGCAGGCCAGGCCAUGUUCCUCGACAAAAGUGGCCUCACGUUGACCAAAGUCCCUAUAGAGAUGGAUUGCAAUGUGUGCAAGGCAUUGUUAAUCUCUCCAAGGCUGGUCCAGAGGAUGGCGGUUUAACUGUCUAUCCCGGUUCGCACAAACUUACAGAAGCGUUCUUCCAAGAACACACCGAUAAGUCGCAAUGGUCGCGUAAAGACUUCUUCAGGUACACCCCAGACCAAAUUUCGUGGUUCGAGAAGCAAGGCUACAAAGAGUUCAAGGUUAUAGCUGAACCUGGAGAUCUCAUUAUUUGGGAUUCACGGCUGAUUCAUUUCGGGGCCGAGCCGACAGGAAAAAGCAACCGGAUUCGAACAGUAACAUAUGUUUCUUACGCGCCAGCUUCUUUUGCUACAGAAGAAGCUUUGAAAGCUAAGAACGAGGCUUUCAAAAACUGGUUGGCUACAACGCACUGGCCACACGACAAUAUUGUGCUGAGGACGAAUCAUCCUACCUUACCUGAUGGAACCGUCGAUAAAAGCAGGUCAGAGCCAAUAGAGAAGCCGGAGCUUACCGAAAAGCUCUUGAAGCUUGCUGGGAUCAAAGCAUAUUAG